AUCAAACAAAUGGCGACGCUCCAGAGAUUCAAGUUCCUAGCGACGCAGUGUGGAGUUGAACAGAGCCCCACACGAAGUCCAAGCCCUAGUACAAGUCCUUUGGUACAGUUUCGUCGCAAGAAGACAACCCUAAAGAUGCUUCUGAGUCUUAGAUCGCCUAGCCGCCGGGAGCAGCCAGUGAUUCAUCAGGCUACUGACAAGGACGUGGCUGGACGCAAACUGAAAGACUUAUUCGUCUCUUCGUCUCCUCUAGAGGAGGAAGAAGAAGAAGAGGAGAGACCGAAGGGGAAGACAAAAGAAGAAGUUCUUGCAGCCAUGGCAGCUAUUAAACUAAACGCAUCUGCUAGUUCACAGUUGGAGUCAGCGGUUUGGUUCGGAUUCAGCAAGAGGCUCCUCAAGCGAGCUUGGCGUCCUACGCUUGGUACCAUUACUGAGUAAUUUUUUUGCCUUUAUUAUGUGACAAUGGAAACCAUUUGUUUCCUAUAUGAACAAACAUAUAUCCCUUUUUAAAUUCUCGUCUCUUUGGCCACAAAUCUUAUCUUAUGUGAGUCUUUGUGUUUUUUUUUUUCACGUG